AUGUCAUCUGAGAUCCUCAUUCCUCGAUCGUGGGAACCAACGCAACCGCUCUGGGUGCCCGAGACGCGUCUGUCGUUGCGGCAGUCGAUUGCCUCGUUCGCGCCGCGUGCUUCCGCGGUCCCGAAGGUGAACGUGUUGCUAGUCGGCGGGCCCGGCGCGGGGAAGUCGAGCCUGGUCAACAGCAUCUACAGCGCGCUGGAGGGGGAGAUGGUCCGCCUCGCGGCGCGCGGGACGGGCGCUGGCACCAUCACGACGCGCUUCACCAAGUACGACUUCGAAGACCUCGCGCCCGCCGUCGCUAUCUGGGACAGCGCGGGCUGGACCGAGGACACCUACAAGCACGGCGCGUUGAAUCAUGUUCUCGGGGGGCACCUGCCCGACGGCUUCGAGCUCGACCAGCGGCACAUCGACGACCGAUCGCCCGGAUUCCGCCCGAGCCCUGUCGCCGGGGACUACAUGCACGUCGUUUUGAUCGCCGUUCCGUACGAGGAGCUGUCCAACGAGAGCUACCUCGCGCGGGCCCGUUCCGGCGCGCGCGACUUUCGCGACCACGCGCGAGCUCGCGGCUUGACGCCUCUCGUGCUGCUGACCAAGGUCGAUCAAGGGUCGGAGGAAGUGGCCGCGGAUCUCAAGACCCUGUUUCUCUCCGACGAGAUCCGUGAAGCCGUUCUCUCAGUGGCGGACGAUCUCGGGGUCCCGGCCCAGGACGUCAUUCCCAUAAAGAGCUACUCGCACGAGACUACUCCAACCUGCGUCAUUGAUAUCCUCGUUCUCCGCGCGCUGAGCACGGCGCUCUCCGUCGCAAAC